GAGGUGGAGGGCAGCGCUCCUCCUCCUCCUCCUCCUCUCGCUCCCCUCAUACAGUCCCGGUCCCGGACCUGAACGCACCGCAUCCCUGUUCCUCCCGCAGACCGAGAAGCAGCAGAAGUUCCCCGAUGACGUGGACUCUGUGUCUCCUGAUGAUGAGCCUUCACGGCGCGGCGGCAGUGACUCACUCUCUGAAGUACUUUGACACUGCGUCCUCUGGAGUCCCAAACUUCCCAGAGUUUGUGGCUGUUGGGCUGGUUGAUGAACUUCCAAUAAGUCACUAUGACAGUAAGACCAGGAGAGCAGAACCCAAACAGGACUGGAUGAGGAGAGUCACAGAACAGGAUCCUCAGUACUGGAAGAGAGAGACUGAGAAGUCUUUGGGCGCCCAGCAGGUCUACAAAGGCAACAUUGAAACAGCAAAACAGCGCUUCAAUGAAACUGGAGGUGUCCACAUUGUCCAGAGGAUGUACGGCUGUGAAUGGGACGAUGAGACUGGUGAGGUCAAAGGUUAUGAUCAGUAUGGUUUUGAUGGAGAAGACUUCCUGUCUUAUGACCAUGAGACAGAGUCCUACAUCGCUCCCAGACAACAGGCUGUCAUCACCCAACAGAGGUGGAAUAACGACAAAGCUCUGAUGGAAAACAGAAAGCACUACUACACUGAGGAGUGUCCUGAGUUCCUGAAGAAGUAUGUGAACUAUGGGAGGAGCUCUCUGAUGAGAACAGAGCUUCCCUCAGUGUCUCUCCUCCAGAAGACUCCCUCCUCUCCAGUCUGCUGCCACGCUACAGGCUUCUACCCGACCACAGCCACACUGUUCUGGAGGAAAGAUGGAGAGGAGCUGCACGAGGACGUGGACCCAGGAGAGAUCCUCCCCAACCACGACGGAUCCUUCCAGAUGAGCGUGGACCUGAAGCUCUCAUCAGUCCCAGCUGAAGACUGGAGGAGGUACGAGUGUGUGUUUCAGCUGUCUGGUGUGAAGGACAUCAUCGUCACCCCACUGGAAGAAGCUGUGAUCAGGACCAACAGAGAGAAGUCUUCUGACACCACCAUCAUCACCAUCAUCCUCAUCGUCCUCGCUGUGGGGGCUCUUCUGGCUGUCGCUGUGGGGGGAGUGGCUUACAAAAAGAGGACAGCCAAAUGCCCUCCGAGUCCUGACAACAGCUCCGAGCUCUCUGAGAAACUGAACCCUGAGACUCAGUGAGGACCUCGGUGACCUGCACACGGUUCAUGGAUCAAUAUUGCUCCGGAUCAAGAAGUGAUGUCACCACAUUCUCCUCCAUGAACUGUGAAUUUAUUGAUUAUUCAUCAUUCGCAUCGUAGAUCGAUUGAAUCGAGAGUUUGAAUCUAGUUGGAGAUGAUUAUUGAUUUUGAUACAAAAGAAAACAUGUUUUAAAAACUACGAGUGAAAACAUCAACGGUGAAGUUAUAUUAUUGGGAAGGUUUAAAAAUGUAAUUUAAUCUUUUGUGUUCAUCUCAAACAAAUUUAAUACUUCUGCUGUUGGGUUUCUGCUGUAAUCAAUAUUGGUAACACACACACACAGACACACACACGCACACGCACACACAGACACACACACACACAGACACACACACAGACACACACAGACACACACACAUAUACACACAGACACACACACACAUUCUUUUCCAGUUAUGUGAAUAGUUUGCUUGUAUAUUUUCUUAAUUUUUAGCACCAGGCCAAAGUCAAUAAUUUAUGUCUCUGAAUUAAUCAACAGUGUGUUGUUGUUGUUGAUGUUGGUGUUGGUGUUGGUGUUGGUGUUGGUGUUGGUGUUGGUGUUGGUGUUGUUGUUGUUGGUGUUGGUGUUGGUGUUGUUUUCAUAGAAUCUUUAGAAUUGUUCUUGAACAUAUUUCCUUUUAGUAUUUUGGGACAAAGUUUCUCUUUUCAAUAAAUGACCCAAUACUCCAAA